AUCAGGAUGCAGAAAGAGGGAGCGAGAGCGUCGGUGUUUGGAAUGCGGAUGAAGAACAUGAAGCAGAAUAGACGCUGAUCGAAGUGAGCGAUUUUAAUCAGAUCGAUCCCAAGUUGCAAAUAUCGCAGAUGUGCCAGAUGUUUGACUACGUUUAGAUAAUCCUCAGGUAACCAGGUUGUUCCAGGUCUUCAGAGUUAGUCGAACAUGAAGCUUUUUGGAGUGUUUAUUUCAGCUCUGAUGGUCUUCUGGACUUCAUCUGUGUGUGGUGCAUUAAGAGCCCCCCAUAAUGUCACCAUUCAGACACUCAACAUGAACUACGUGCUGAAAUGGGCCUGGGAUCCGGAGCAGGCACCAAAAGGCAACGUUACCUUCACGACGCAGUAUAUGGCGAAGUUUAAGAAGAAAAAGCCCAAGAGCAGGCAGGACUGGAGGUCAGUGUGCGACUCGUCCCCCGACUACUCCUGCGAUUUUUCCUCGGCAGAGCUGCAUUACCUGGGCAUGUGGCUGCUGCGCGUGAGGUCUCAAAUCGGCUCGGAUGUCUCACCUUGGGUCAUCCUGGAUUUCUGUCCUGAUAGAGACGCUGUGAUCGGGCCUCCGUCCUCUGUGAACAUCACCCCUGUUGAUGGAUUGCUGCAGGUUGACAUUUUGGACCCUCGGUCCUACACAAAUGGCUCCAUGAGAGAACUGCUGCCCAAUAUGUACUACUUUAUACAGUACUGGAAAAGGGGCUCCUUAAUGCAGCCUAAUAAUGUAACAAGUGCCAAUAAUGUGGUGAUUCUGCCUGAGCUGGAGAACUGGACCUGGUAUUGUGUAAGAGUGAAGUCUGUGGAUGACUAUUACAAGAAGAUCAGUGAUUUCAGCCCCACCUACUGCACUCAGACAGAUGGUCAGACCCCAUACUGGCAGAUUUUCCUGAUCUUCCUGUUCUCACUGGUGCUGAGUUUCGGCGCGAUUCUGUUGCUCUUCAGAUACGUCUCUGAAGUGGUAAAGGUCAUCAGGAGCACCUUUUACUCCACGGUCCCACGGCCUGCACUCAUCCAAGGGUUCCUGAGUGACAUGCCCCGCUUAUUAUACGCCGAUCCAGAGACGGAGAUCUGCUUUGACAGGGUGGAUCUUCUAACCCCUGAGCCUGAGGCCAUCAAGGUCGACGAGAUCAUCCUGGAGGUUCACCUGCCACCCGAGACCUCGCAGCAAAGUGACAGGACGCACAGCCGACACAGCAGCGGCGACUCGGGGGUUUAUUCCAACGAAGGAUCGAGACAGAACGAUCUCGGAGAUGGGAAGAUGGACAAACUGGUAAAGAAGAUAGCUCGAGUCAACGAGCUGGACGAAGGCGUGCAAGACAUGCGCGUGUAAUCGGGUCGACAAGGGGAACGGUUUUGAACCUUUAGUGCCUCGUCUCGGUUUUCGUCCUUUCCGCCUGCUUCAUGCGGAGACUUCGAAAGACUCGUGACAGGGUUCCUAUGCAUUUUGAGAAAAGUAUGGAAUCUUAUUUAAGGAAUUUCCAUGGAGAAAAAAAAAAAAGAACACAGCGUUUUGAAAAAUACUCCAUACUAUUGCCCUAUUCGCUUUUUCUAAAAUAUAAAAUUAAGAAUUUGUAAAAAAUAUUUUUUUACCUAAAAAAAAAAAUUAAUAAAAUUGUAACAGCGCACGUUAUACAGUAGUUAAAAUUAUAGGGUUUUGGGUUUUUAACUUUGGAAUUUUUAUAAAAAUUUUUCCUAUCCAUUCUUUUCCAUUUGAGUCUGGAAAAGUACAGAAUUUAGAAAAAUGUGUAGGAGCCCUGUUGUUAGGAGGGAAGGAGGGAAUGAGCCGAUCUUUCUGCAAGACUAGAUAUGUCGGAAAAUAAAUGAAGUCGUCGUUAAAGACGCUUAUGCCGCCUUAGGCGUGACUUUCCACACCCUUAGGACUGAUGUUCAAAAGAUUAGCACUUUAUCGCUUUUUCUCACGUCUGCUUUCUCAUCAUUUACUCAUGUUACUCUUUCACCCCAUUACUGCUGAUGGGAAUUGCUGAAAAUGGAACUGCUGAAGGACAUGGCAUUAAAAGAGCCGAGCGCUGCAUAAAAACGGAUCGAGCUGCUGGAGCCAUGAUGUCAGAGACUGUGUUGAAAAUCCUUUCACUUUCAGCGACACAUUGUGAUUUUUAUGUUUCUCGUAUUUUGUAGCUUUGUUUAGUCAUUGUAUUGAACUCGUAUCACUCAUUUUAAUACGAUUCUUAUAGAAUCUGAUCUUAUUAACAUCAUAUUACAAUAUUCGGAUAUUCUUUACUUCUGUUUGAAAGGUGAACUAAAUUUACCAGAAGGCACCUCAGUGUGUGUGUGUGUGUGUGUGUGUGUGUGUGUGUGUGUGUGUGUGUGUGUGUGUGUGUGUGUGUGUGUGUGUGUGUGGGUAGAUAGAUGGAUGGAUGGAUGGAUGGAUGGAUGGUCUGAGUUACGAUGAUUCGACUUACCAUCUCCAUAGUCCUUACAAUCACCAGACUCCUGGAUAGGCUCGGUUAUGUCUAUCCAGGGGGGGGGUUUGUUAAAACUUAAAGGCCAUGAUGAAAUUGUCACUUUGUGGCUUGGACAUGGUCCACAAGCUAUGAAAAGGCACUAGCUCUGUGGUUAAGAUGUUGGACUUCCGAUUGGACGUCCCGAGAUCCUUAGCAAUGCCGUUAACCCUCAACUGCUCAGCUGUAUAAAUGAGAUAGUGUGAGUCUCUUUGGUUAAUGGCGUCUGUUUAAAUGAACAAAUGGAAAUGUGAAUUUAGCUGCAAUAAAUCUUGUGUUACCUCUG